AUGGAAAUUAUAUCAGAGGAACUGAUGUUAUUCCGAGGAGAUACCCAGAUGGCAUAUAUCCCUGAUGUUGAAGAUGGUAUGAAACCAAAAGCCGAGCAACGAUUCGAUUCAUUAGAUGCGGUGUACAAGUUUUACAAUGAUUAUGCACGUAAGGCUGGAUUUAGUGUCAGAAAAAGCAAGGAGACAAAGAAGAAUGGAAUGGUAAAUUGGAAAAGAUAUGUAUGUUUUAAAGAAGGGGAGACGGAUGAGACAUGGAGAAAUAACAAUGAAGUUGAGGAAAGAGACCGUAGGAAUACUCGAACAGGGUGCAAUGCAAAAUUAACCCAAUUCGCACUAUUCGAGACACAAGCUGGUGGACAUAAAAAUGUUGGCUGCAUUGAAAGGGAUUUAAGAAAUGCGGUGCGAGAUGAGAGAGAAAAAGUUAAGGGGCAUGAUAUAGACAUUUUGUAUGAACACUUCAAAGCUGAGCAAGAGAAGGAUCCUGAUUUCUUUUUUGAAUUUCACACUGAUGAAGAGCAAAGGCUUGUCAGAUGUUUCUGGGUUGAUUCAACUGCAAAAAGAGCAUAUUCACAUUUUGGUGAUGUGGUUGUAUUUGAUACGACAUACAACACCAAUCGUUACAAGAUGAUUUUUGCUCCUUUUGUAGGCGUGAACCACCAUGGGCAGACCACAGUUUUUGGAUGUGCAUUUUUGAGUGAUGAGACUUUUGAUUCAUUUGUCUGGUUGUUGAACACUUGGCUUGCAGCAAUGCCUAGAGGUGCCCCGAAUGUUAUUAUCACUGAUCAAGAUCAAGCAAUGUCGAAGGCAAUUGCUCAUGUUUUGCCAAACACAUUUCAUAGGUAUUGUAUAUGGCAUAUUUUGAAGAAAUUUCCAGAGAAAACUAAUGCAGCUUUUAUGAAAAAUUACUAUGAGUUUUUCAAGAAAUGCAUAUGGGAUUCAGAGUGUCCAGAAGAAUUUGAGAAGAGAUGGUUUGAAGAAUUGGAAAAUAGUGAACAAACAAAUAAUGAAUGGUUGGGAAAGAUGUAUGAGUUGCGUGAAAAGUGGAUUCCAGCAUAUGUCAAGAAGUACUUUUCAGCAGGGAUGUCAAGCAGCCAGAGAGUGGAAUCUGAACAUGCAUUCUUUAAGCGUUAUUGUAGUAAAGAAAACAGCUUGAUGGAUUUUGCCACACGUUUCAAUAGGGCAGUUGCUCAUCAGAGACAUGAAGAAUUGGUUGAAGACCAUAAAGAUUUGAAUGAGACACCUAUUUUAAAGCUAGGGAUGCCAAUGGAGGUCCAAAUGGUUCAUUUGUAUACUAAAAAGUACUUUCAGUACUUUCAAGUUCAGCUUCAUGAUGGUAAUGGCUAUUUUGUAGAUGUCGUAAUGGAGGAUGACAUUCGUUGUGUUUACAAAACUAAAAGGGUGUUUGCUAAAAACCUUAGAAUGCGGACGCUUGUACAUGAUAAGGUAUCAAACAUAGUGACAUGCAGUUGUAGAAUGUUUGAGUUUGAAGGUAUCCCUUGUAGACAUAUUUUGGUUUUGUUACGACUGAAACACAUUAUGGAGUUGCCCAAAGAUUAUAUAUUGAGAAGAUGGACAAGGUUUUCAAGAGUUCAUAAACAAACAAGUCAAGGCCAACAUGGUGCAGAUAGUUCAUUGAUAAUGAGACACAAUGGUAUGUUCAAAAUUGCUUCCAGCUUAAUUGAUGAGGCUGCUAUUUCAACUGAGGGGACUGAACUUGUGAAGAAGUCAUUUGAAGGGCUAUUGGAGCAAAUUAAGAAGCUAAAUCUUUCUGUUGGGCAAUCUUCUACAAAAAAUUCCACAGCUGGAACUUCUCAAGAAAAUCGUUUCCUGGAUCCUUUUCAAGUGAAGACUAAAGGCAGUGGAUUACGCCUAACAUCAUGGAGAGAUAGGAAAGGAAAAGUCAGACGUCGCUCUGUCAAAGGUCGUAGAAGAUGA